UUUACCCCCUUAAUGGGGGACGACGAUCGCUUAAUUUCAAACACCCCAUCCAUCUUUUAUUGCUGUCCAGGAUUUCGGUCUUUACCAAGACAAUCAUCUAAAGCAAAUAACGAAUGGGAGGAACACGAGUUAUUGAAUCGUGUGAAUGAAGGAACUGGACUUGCAUCAGCCGGUGUAUUGUAGAAGAGAGGGGGUGCAAUGUGGUGGAAGAACUGUAGCCUACGAAAUAUUUGUUCUUAGAAACUUGCGUGCAUUUUGCACGGUGGUGAUGCCAAAUCGAAGUUGAUCUUAGCUAGUAAAUGUGUAAUUAAUAGCCAGCAGUGGUAAGUGUCCGCUUUUUAUUUUGGUGGCAGCGGGCAGUGCAGACCUGUUGAGCGCUAACGGAUGUUGCUGCAGGGGUCUUUGUGCAAGCACAGACACCCACCACACAAACUCCGCAGUAUAUUGAUACAAAGUAACGUAGAGGAGUUUCAUAUUUAAAGCGAGUAAACCAGCUGCCUCUUUGGAAUCCAGACCAGACGUUUUACGCGCGGACAUAGGAAGAGCGUCGCUGUCUGGCGUUGUCGCUGUCCAGAAAUUAAUCUCAAACAUAAGGUGUGUGCACGAGUAGAUAAGUCACACGUGCUGCUGCGAAAGAUCAAGGUUCUCUUUUUCACGCAUACAUCAGUUCGUCUACCUCAACUUACAAGCUCUGUCCACCAGACCAAACAGAUGUGAGAGGUGAUUGGCUCUGGAACACGCGCAUUUCUAUCACCCAGCAUCUGUUUUUUUAAUAACCACCCCUUUUGGAUUUUUUUUCGGGGAUUUUGUUUACUAACUACCACGUCGGCCGAAGAUGUCGUGCCUUCUGCUUGGAGUACUGAGGAGAUCGGGGACGGCUGUUGUGGGGGUGCGAUGCCUGGCCUCCAUCCCCUCCACCCUGCCGCCUGCGGUGGCCGAGUUCGUGAAGGGGGCGGCGGAGGAGUGCAAGCCGGCCAACAUCCACGUGGUGACCGGCUCCCCGGAGGAGCUGCAGGACAUCUACGCUGGCCUGCAGAAGGAGGGCAUGGUCAAGAAGCUGCCCAAAUACGAGAACUGCUGGCUGGCGCGUACAGACCCGCGUGACGUGGCGCGUGUGGAGAGCAAGACGGUGAUUGUGACGAAGCAGGAGCGGGACACCAUCCCCAUCCCCAGCGGGGGCGCUAAGAGCCAACUGGGGAGCUGGAUGAGCGAAGCCGACUUCCAGAAGGCCAGGGAGGAGCGCUUCCCCGGAUGCAUGGCAGGCAGGACCAUGUAUGUGAUCCCCUUCAGCAUGGGCCCUGUGAACUCCUCUCUGGCCAAGUUCGGGGUGCAGGUGACGGACUCCCCGUACGUGGUGGCCAGCAUGGGGGUGAUGACGCGCAUGGGCUCGGCCGUCAUGGACAAGCUGGCCCAGGGAGCGGAGUUCGUACGAUGCCAACACUCGCUAGGACGACCCCUUCCUCUCAAAGCCCCGCUGGUGAACUCGUGGCCGUGUAACCCAGAGAAGGUGCUGAUCUCCCACCUCCCGGACAGCAGGCAGAUCCUGUCCUUCGGGAGCGGCUACGGGGGCAACUCCCUGCUGGGCAAGAAGUGCUUUGCCCUCCGCAUCGCCUCGCGCAUCGCCAAGGACGAGGGCUGGCUCGCCGAACACAUGCUGAUUCUGGGCAUCACCAACCCCCGGGGGGUGAAGCGCUACGUGGCAGCGGCGUUCCCCAGCGCCUGUGGGAAGACCAACCUGGCCAUGAUGAAGCCUGCGAUGCCCGGCUGGACAGUGGAGUGCGUGGGAGACGACAUCGCCUGGAUGAAGUUUGACAGCCAAGGUAAACUCAGAGCCAUCAACCCAGAGAAUGGCUUCUUUGGCGUGGCUCCCGGCACGUCCGUGAAGACCAACCCUCACGCCAUGGCCACCAUCGCCAAGAACACUGUCUUCACCAACGUGGGCGAGACCAGCGACGGGGGCGUGUGGUGGGAGGGCCUAGAUGCCCCAGCCCCUGGGGUCACCCUCACCGACUGGCACGGCAAGGCCUGGAAGAUCGGAGAUGCCACCCCCUGUGCCCACCCCAACUCUCGAUUCUGCACCCCCGCCGGACAGUGCCCCAUCAUCGACCCGCUGUGGGAGAGCGACGAGGGAGUGCCCAUCGAUGCCAUCAUCUUCGGCGGUCGAAGACCAGAAGGUGUUCCUCUGGUGUACGAGUCCUUCAACUGGCGUCACGGCGUCUUCGUCGGAGCGGCCAUGAGGUCAGAGACCACGGCAGCUGCAGAGCACAAAGGCAAGUCGAUCAUGCACGACCCGUUCGCCAUGCGGCCCUUCUUCGGCUACAACUUCGGGGACUACCUGGCCCACUGGCUGGGCAUGGAGGCGCGCCCGGGCCCCACGCAGCUGCCCAAGAUCUUCCACGUCAACUGGUUCCGCAAGGACCCAGCCAGCGGCGCCUUCCUGUGGCCCGGCUUCGGCGAGAACGCCCGCGUGCUGGAGUGGAUCUUCCGGCGCUGCGGCCGGCAGAGUGAGGCCGAGGCGGCCAAGCGCAGCAUCGUGGGCUGGGUGCCCGAGGACGGCGCCAUCGACACGCAGGGCCUGGGCGGGAAGGUGGACAUGGGCGCGCUGUUCGACCUGCCCAAGGCCUUCUGGCAGAAGGAAGUGGGCGAGCUCAGGGCAUACUUCAGCCAGCAGGUGGGCGCCGACCUGCCCGCACAGGUGGGCGAGGAGCUGAACGCGCUGGAGGAGCGUGUCAGAGAUUGAGGCGAGAGGAGGAAUAACACGGAUGGAUGGAUGGAUGGAGAGAGGGAGGGAGGGACGGGUGGAUGGAUGGAUGAAGUGGAGAGAUGGAGGGAGGGCUGAAUUUAGAGAUCAACUGAUAGAUAUACAGAUGAGACGAAUAAAGACAGGGAGGGAGGGCUGCAUUAAGAGUUCAACUUAUAGAAAGACAGACAGACUGGUAGAUGAAUAAACAAAUAUAUUUGAGAACUGGAUCAAGAGAUCAACAAAUACAGUAUAUAUAUAUAGAGAGAGAGAGAGAGAGAGAGAGAGAGAGAGAGAGUGUGUGUUAAAGGGAGGUUGGCAGGGGAGGGAAGAGAAGGAGAGACAUUGUCAAACUGAGAACAAGGGAAGGGGGGAAAGAGAGGGAUAAGAAACACUAAGACGAUGGACUCUAAUGAUAAUGAUUGCUUGUACUUGCACCUCCAUUUUUUUUGGAGGGGUGAAGUGGUGGGUGCAUGUUGAGAUUGUGGGUGAAACACAACAUUAGCGAUACGUGAGGCUGUGAAUUAUGUAUACAUUCCAUCAUGCGCGAGAUAUGAAGUGUGUGCCUGUGAGUGGCGUUAAUGUUAAGUUGGGGGAAAAAUAAAGUUACAAACCACAACAACAAAAAAACACACACGACAAAUGAUAGUGUAAGCUCUAGCACCAAGUAGUGUGACUUGUGUUCUGACCAAAGCAGCAACAGAAUGUGUGCACAUAAUGUCCGUGCACCUCCAAAGCUAAAACCCUUUAAGUCGAGCCAGUGUAGCCAAGCAAUGCCCUGAAAAUGUGACACCUUGCCUCCUUAGCUUAGCAUAGCAACGACAACCUGUUUACAAACUCUGUGUGUGUAAUCCCUGGAUGUAAGUGUGAGGGUAGUAAACCAAAGACCUACCAAGGCUACUAAUGCCUCUUUUCCACUGUCAGUUUUCUGGAGCACGACUCGGCCGCGACUUUUUGCUUUUCGAAUAAGAACGGCACCGCUCAAUCGUAAAGCAAAAGGUGGCGGCCGAGUCGUGCUGUGUCGAGCUGUAGGCCUACCAGAAAACCUGCAGGGAAAAACGGGCAUACAGUACACCACUGUUCUACUGAAAUGGGCUGCUUCGUCCAAAAGAGCCACCAGUAGCCUGUUAUCCUAACCUUAACCCCUAGGGCCGCUACUGUUGCACGUUUUUUACUGGUGUUGUAGCUCAACUUGACACGGUAGGCCACAUGGACAGGACAACCACCACUGUGCAGUGUUUAUUUUUAGCUUUUUAGCUUUUGGCUUUAACUUCGAAACCAUCGAAACCUAACAACAACAAAAAACUUGUUUCCAUGUCUACAUGGAAAACUCCCUAAUAGGUCAUGACCACAGUGCCUUCGAGGUGGGUGUUUGUAGCUUUGCUAGGAUAACAAGAUCAUAAUCAAAGAUCGCACAACUGCAAGGGUGUUAAGAUAACUUCAGGGCUAGCUGAGCUUCGAGUUGCCUGCAAGUCAACAAAAACACUUCUAGAUGGCUCAGGGAGAAAGUCACUUUAUAACGGAAAGAAAAACAUAAAAGUAAAAAUUAUAUUUAGUUAGAAUUUUUAAUGCUGAAAUCAAGGAAGCUAUUUUAAAGCUAAAUGUUUUUUUCUCCAAUGAAUUCCAUGAAAUGUGUCUGGACCAAAGAAAUUAUGCUGAACUGUUUUAAUACUGAUUUAAUAAAUAAAACAGUGAUAACUUCA